AUGGAAGAAAGGCAGGGGAAAAAAAUCCUGAAGUUGAGUUUGAGAGGCGACACGGCGGCGGCGGCCGCGCUGCUCCCGCUCCUCUGCCUCCCCAUGGAUAUGCACUGCAAAGCAGACCCCUUCUCCGCGAUGCACCCAGGGCACGGGGGUGUGAACCAGCUCGGGGGGGUGUUUGUGAACGGCAGGCCCCUGCCCGACGUGGUGAGGCAGCGCAUCGUGGAGCUGGCCCACCAGGGCGUGCGGCCCUGCGACAUCUCCCGGCAGCUGCGGGUCAGCCACGGCUGUGUCAGCAAAAUCCUGGGCAGGUACUACGAGACCGGCAGCAUCAAACCCGGAGUGAUCGGCGGCUCCAAGCCAAAAGUGGCAACACCCAAAGUUGUAGACAAGAUUGCUGAAUACAAGCGACAGAACCCAACUAUGUUUGCCUGGGAGAUCCGGGACCGGCUUCUGGCGGAGGGCAUCUGUGACAACGACACGGUGCCCAGCGUCUCUUCCAUCAACAGGAUCAUCCGGACCAAAGUUCAGCAGCCUUUCCACCCAACGCCGGAUGGAGCUGGGACCGGAGUGACUGCCCCUGGCCACACCAUUGUUCCCAGUACGGCCUCCCCUCCUGUUUCCAGCGCCUCCAAUGAUCCAGUGGGAUCCUACUCCAUCAAUGGGAUCCUGGGGAUCCCUCGUUCCAAUGGCGAGAAGAGGAAACGUGAUGAAGUCGAGGUAUACACUGAUCCUGCCCACAUUAGAGGAGGUGGAGGUUUGCAUCUGGUCUGGACUUUAAGAGAUGUGUCCGAGGGCUCAGUCCCCAAUGGAGACUCCCAGAGUGGCGUGGACAGUUUGCGGAAGCACUUGCGGGCCGACACCUUUACCCAGCAGCAGCUGGAAGCUUUGGAUCGGGUCUUUGAGCGUCCUUCCUACCCUGACGUCUUCCAGGCAUCAGAGCACAUCAAAUCAGAGCAGGGGAAUGAGUACUCCCUCCCAGCCCUGACCCCUGGGCUUGAUGAAGUCAAGUCGAGUCUAUCUGCAUCCACCAACCCCGAGCUGGGCAGCAACGUGUCAGGCACGCAGACAUACCCUGUUGUGACCGGUCGUGACAUGGCGAGCACCACUCUGCCUGGUUACCCCCCUCACGUGCCCCCCACUGGCCAGGGAAGCUACCCCACCUCCACCCUGGCAGGAAUGGUGCCUGGGAGCGAGUUCUCCGGCAACCCGUACAGCCACCCCCAGUACACGGCCUACAACGAGGCUUGGAGAUUCAGCAACCCCGCCUUACUAAGUUCCCCUUAUUAUUAUAGUGCCGCCCCCCGGGGCUCCGCCCCUGCCGCUGCUGCCGCUGCCUAUGACCGCCACUAG